GAAGAGGUUUUGAUUCCAAUGUUUUGACUUGUCAGUACAUCGUUCUCAAAAUGUAUGCUGCCGCGACGGAGAGUUUAAUAAAGCAGGCAAGAGAAAUAAAGGAGGAAGAUCUGCAGAAGUUUUGUGGGCGCAUCAUUAAGCAGCUGCACCCUAAAGAGCUGGGUGGAGAGACUGUGGACUCCCUUCAGAGGCUUCAUCUGAUAGUUUCUGCCAAUAAAUAUGCCAGAGAGCUUCCAUCUGAUCUGGUGAUGAAUCUGCAGACGGUUCUUUGCUCUUCAUCAUCCCCAGAGCAGCUUCAGGUUCUGUCCUCUUCCAUACUGCAGGAGAUCUUCCCUCUCAGUGUGCCUAGCCUCUGCUCAGAUCUCAGCCAGGACAGCAGAGUCAUCAGCCAUUUGGCAAGCGUUGUGCUCUCUCAGGCUGGAAAUAAAGAAGAUGUGAUUCCCCUGUGCCACCGUUUGCUGAGAAGUCUUGAGUCACGGCUUUCCGAGGGGCAGAUUUCCAAACAUACGCUUCCCAUCCUCUCCAAAAUUAUUAGUGUAUAUCCAGAGAUUCUCACAGAUGAUCAGCUGAAUCUGGUCAGCCGUAAGCUAGUGGAUUGGUUGCGAUAUGCAAGUGUGCAGCAGGGAACAUCCAUGUCUUCCGGGGGAUUUUUCAGUGGACCAAGAACACGUCAGCCAGCACCUCUGACAGAAGUCGAUGGGGUGGUAACAGGGGAUUUCUUCACUGUACUGUGUGUGGGUCAGAGCUACACUGAGGAUCAGUGGAUGAACAUGUACACUUUCUCUAUGAUCAAGAGCUGGUUACUCACUUAUGACACGGACGGGACCACAAAUGCAGAAUCCGCUCCACUAAUAGGAACACAGGUCAUUCAAUUACAGCACCAAGAUGAUCGCUCUGAGUUGGACAGUUCAGUGAUGUCCAUGGUGUCGGCCACAUCCUCCUCCAACAGACUGCUUCCUCCCAAAGAGAGACUCCGAGAGAAGGCUUUUGAGUACUGCCAGCGGCUCAUUGAACAAAGUGACCGCAAGGCCCUGAAGAGGAUGGAUACAGAGCUACAGAAAGCAUGCAUUGUUGAGUCUGUGUCCAUAAUGGACAUCAUCUGUGGUGAAGACCCCUCCUAUGUGUACCGUGCAUUCCCCAGUAUUAAAGCCCUAUACAGAAGACUUAAUGGAGACAUUUCCCAAGCUCGAGCCCUUCUACCUAUCGCUCAGUUCUACCUCAACCACAGCGAGACGGCUGCGGUGGACUCGGAGGCCGUGUUCAGUCAGCUCUUUAGACACUGUCCCCUCGAGCAGUUCAACGAGCCCAUGCUUACCUUUGAGUUCAUCCGGUUCUGUCUUCUCAACGCCAGCGUGUUGCAGGACAGAGUUGCACCCUACAGGCAGAGCUUCCCCAAUCUCCUUAAGUUCUUAGCUUGGAACAGCCCAGGAUUGAUCACUGAGUUUGUUGAGCUGCUCCCAUCACUGGUAGCUCCUGAAACAGCCAUUGAGUUGCUGCACACACUCCUGGAUCUGCCCUGCUUAGCAGCAGCCUUGGACCUCCAGCACAGGUCAGCAUGCUAUCAUGCUUCAGACCAUACCACUUGGAACCAGCAGGGGGCAAAAAUAGCUACUUGUCUAGAUGCUUUCCAUCAGCCUUCCUAUAGGGGGCUCUUUCUCUACAUCCUCAGACCUGAGGCUGGGACAGGAGACACAAUAGACAGGCUAAAAAUGCUUCAUGAGAUUGUGGCUGACAUGGCAGAGAGUCCUCGUGUUGUUCGGUGUGCCCAGGUCGUCCCUGUGCUUCUGCACGUAUACUUCAACACAGUCACUCAGAUAGCUGAUGAGAAACUGAUCAACCACCUUCUGCUGGUGCUGCUGGAGAGAAGCAGUCUGCUUUACAACAUCAAGACAUUUAACACUGAGGUCCAAAAAGUGUUUAUCACUCACCUGCAGGCCCUGUGCAAGCUCCACCCUUCACUGAUUGUGGAUCAGUCCAAAGAGCUACUGGACUUUGCAGGCUCUACUGCCAACAUUUACAGUAAAGAGGACUUAUACACGCAUGUGGUGUGGGUGAUCGGGGUGUACCUGUCAGUAUCGUAUGACUGUCGCUGCACUGUGGAGCUGAUCACUUCAUAUUUUGAGAGUUUGGAGGCGGUGCUGUUCGAGAUCAUGCAGGUGCGACAGUCAGCCAGCCCACCUAGAUUCUCUCCUCGCCUUAUCACUGUACUCAUGACCACCCUGACUAAACUGGCCACACGCAGUCAGGACCUCAUCCCCAGAGUAUCGCUCUUUCUAUCUAAAAUGCGGUCGUUUGCCCACAGUGGUCCUGUAAUGGCAUGCUACAGUGAGGAGGACUCUGAGGAAAUCAUUACUCGAGCUCAUGAGCUUAUUAACUUACUCAAGUUACCAAAUGUGGCUCAGUUUGUCCUGGCCCCUUCAGCAGAAGGUGACAGCCCCCGCUGGCACAGAGACACCAAUGCCUCACUUCCUCAGGGCAUGAGAGCAGUCAGCGGAAUCCUUCAUGGACAAAUCAACUUCCUGCCCACAUAAAG